GUCCGCUGCUCACAAAGGUGGUGGGGGUGGGAGGUGGGGAAGAGGGCGAGAGCAAAGAUCCUCUUUCUCUCUCCCCCGCCCCUGCCAUCCUUACCCCCUAAGGUUUUCUAUAGUACUAUGCUCUCACUCGCAACUUACAACACUUCUUUAAGCUUUCCAUCCCUAAUCCUCAGUCGGGUUUCGGUCCUCCCACCUUUAUUUUCUUUACCCUUACCGCCCCUCUUUCUCUUUUGCUCCCUCUCCCAAUACUAUUUCCAUUUCCAGGUUCUUCCAGUCACAUCCUUGCACUGUGAUUUAAGGGUAUAUCCUCUUUAGCUAAUAGGAGAGCCAUGCAUUCACCGCCGUCUGUUUAUUAGUUAUGAACUGAAUAAGGGAAGGCUUGACUUCCUGGGUCAUGGGAGUGAAGGAGUCUGGGUGACAGGAAGCAAGCGGGCUGUCAUGCCUAUUGUUUAGCUGCCAGAUUAACCUUGUCUUGAAAAGAGCGUGAUUGCUCCAUAGGCUAUUCAGUGUAAGGAAGACAAUUCCUUGGGAACCUAUCUUUUCGGUAGACGCAAAAAGCCAAGGGGAAACAUGGGCCAAGGAAGAUUUGAUGAAAAAGAAAAUGUGUCCAAUUGCAUCCAGUUGAAAACCUCAGUUAUAAAGGGCAUUAAGAACCAAUUGAUAGAGCAAUUUCCAGGUAUUGAACCAUGGCUUAAUCAAAUCAUGCCUAAGAAAGAUCCUGUCAAAAUAGUGCGAUGCCAUGAACAUAUAGAAAUCCUUACAGUAAAUGGAGAGUUACUAUUUUUUAGACAAAGAGAAGGACCUUUUUAUCCAACCCUAAGAUUACUUCACAAAUAUCCCUUUAUCUUGCCACACCAGCAGGUUGAUAAAGGAGCCAUCAAAUUUGUACUCAGUGGAGCAAAUAUCAUGUGUCCAGGCUUAACUUCUCCUGGAGCUAAACUUUACCCUGCUGCAGUAGAUACGAUUGUUGCCAUCAUGGCAGAAGGAAAACAGCAUGCUCUGUGUGUUGGGGUCAUGAAGAUGUCUGCAGAAGAUAUUGAGAAAGUCAACAAAGGAAUUGGCAUUGAAAAUAUCCAUUAUUUAAAUGAUGGGCUGUGGCAUAUGAAGACAUAUAAAUGAGCCUCAGAAGGAAUGCACUUAGGCUAAAUAUGGAUAUUGUGCUGUAUCUGUGUUUGUGUCUAUGUGUGACAGCAUGAAGACAAUACCUCUGUAGUUGUGCUGAAUAAAUUCAAAAGAUGCUAAAAUUC